AUGGACGAGCCAGGAGAUAUGUACGAGUUAUUCUCACGCUGUGAGAAAUACAUCAAUCUGGCCGAAGUUCUUGCGGCAGAAAAGGAAGACAAACCCGAGAAGAAGGCCCAAGAAAAGAAGGACAACUCAGUCCGAGAGGCUGGCUCAAAGCGCAACCGAGAUGACAAAGACAGCAGGAGAAAGAAGGAUGAAAGCAAGGCAUGGGUUCCCAGAACCACAGAUCAAGAGUCAAAACCAGUUUAUACAGCCCUCACUCAUACCCGAGCUCAUAUCUUGAAUGAGAUAAAAGACCAGGUGACUCUACGUUGGCCCACCAAGAUGGUGAAACCCGCACAUGAGCGCAAUAAGAAUAAAUACUGCCGAUUUCACCAGGACCAUGGCCAUGACACUAAAGAGUGCAGACGGCUGAAAGACGAGAUCGAGGCCCUCAUUCAAAGGGGAUGCCCAGGAAGGUUCGUUAAGAAAGAGGGAAACGACAGAAGACAGGAGUAUCGUGCUUGGGAGCCUAAGGGAAGACAAAAAUCGUCUCCCAAGGCCAAUAAGGAAGAGCAACCUAGAGGCAAGCCUCAUGCAGAGAACGCCCCCUUGAGAGAGAUAACUACCAAAUAUGGAGGACUAGGCCUGGGAGGAGAAACUUCUAACUCCCAAAAACAUCAUGCUCGGAACAUGCUUCAAACCGAAGUAUCAGAUAAAAGAAGGAGGAUGGAUCAGCCCUUAACCUUUUCUAAUCAAGAUCUGGCAGACAUCCAAUUUCCUCAUGACGAUGCACUGGUGAUCAAAAUGAUCAUUACCAACUGCAUAGUGGGGAGGAUCCUUAUAGACAACGGGAGCUCAGCUGACAUCUUAUACUACGAUGCCUUCGAGAAAAUGCUCCUGAAACCUGAGAUGCUAAAGAGAGUGGAAUCCCCUUUAUAUGGAUUCAAUGGGGCCCUAGUACAGGUUGAAGGAUCCAUUGAGCUGCUCGUAACGGUGGGAACGGAGCCCAAGCUUGCCAUAGUGAAGAUGAACUUUUUGGUGGUGAAAGUGAAUUCCACGCACAAUGGAAUAUUAGGAUGGCCAGGACUCAAUGCACUACAGGUAGUGGUCUCUACCCCACACCUAAUGAUGAAGUUCCCUACUGACUAUGGGAUAGGAGAGUGCAGGGGAAGUCAAAUAGCUGCCCGCAGAUGUUAUGAAGGGUACCUGCAUGCUAAAGGGAAGGAGCCGCAAAUGCUCCUGAUCAAUUUGGACGACAAUCGAGAUGUUAUUGAACAAGAGAGAAGUGGACCCGCGGAGGAUCUGAUCCUGAUUGAGGUCAUCCCAGGAAAGGCGAAGCGUACCUUGCAGAUAGGCGUAGGGUUGAGUGGAGAAAGAAGAACUGCCCUCAUAAACUUCUUGAGGACAAAUGCUGAUGUAUUUGCAUGGUCCGCGACUGACAUGCCGGGAGUAGACCGCGAGUUGGCUGAACAUAAGCUCAGUGUAUACCCCACUACUAAGCCGGCAUUCCAGAAGAAAAGAACCUUCGCCCCUGAGCGGUAG